CUCGACCUUCAAAGAAACAACCCACAUAUCAUCACACCUUUCACCCUCCUCGGUAGUUCGCUCCGUUUCACUAGUAGUGAGCUCCCUCGGCUCACACUGAUUUCCGCUUCGCGAUGCGCUUCGGCUCGGCCCCUUUAUGGUUGGCUGUACUGCAAAUCAUACCUUUCCCUACUGUCUCCGCUAAAUCACCCCCCUUGUUACGGCCUCGAGACUAUGACUCGCGAGAUUACUACGCGCUGCACUUAACCCCGGAUGUUUCGCCAAAAACCGUAGCACUGCAACUCGGCCUAACUCACGAAGGUGUCAUUGGCGAACUCAGCGACCAUCAUCUAUUUUCAACGCCAACCAGCAAGGAAGAUGUUGUCGCCAUUCAUAUCGAUGGGCUCCGGCGAAAACGGCGGUCUGUGGGAUCCGGGGGUAUUGUGAAGCGGGAUCUGUCUGAUGGAAUAUUGUUCGCGGAAAAACAAAGGCCGAAGAAACUUGUGAAGCGGGUUCCUCCACCUGCCGCGCGGCGGGAGGCACAGGGGUUCGACCCCGCCGCUAUUACAGGUAAUACAGGAGUGGUGGAACUUCAGUCGAUCAUGCAACGUCUUGACAUACGGGACCCCAUAUUCCACGAGCAAUGGCAUCUGUUCAACCCAAUAGAACGUCAUCACGACGUUAAUGUUACUGGCUUAUGGCUGGAAGGUAUAACUGGAGAGAAUACGACUGUGGCUAUAGUGGACGAUGGCCUUGAUAUGGACAGUCAAGAUCUAGCAGCAAACUAUUUUGCAGCAGGUUCCUACGACUUCAAUGACCACGCCCCUCAGCCUAAACCGCGUCUAUCCGACGACCGUCAUGGUACUCGAUGUGCUGGCGAGAUUGCGGCUGUAAGGAACAACGUCUGUGGGGUGGGUGUUGCCUAUGAUGCGAAGGUGGCUGGGAUACGGAUGCUGUCAAAGCCUAUAUCAGAUGCCGACGAGGCUAUAGCCUUGAAUUAUGCCUAUCACGAGAACCAGAUUUAUUCUUGCAGCUGGGGACCACCAGAUGACGGCCAGGCUAUGGACGCUCCGGGAAUUCUCAUCAAACGGGCCAUGGUUAAAGGAGUUCAAGAGGGCCGAAAUGGAAAGGGUUCAAUAUUUGUUUUCGCCUCUGGAAAUGGGGCAACGUAUGAAGACAACUGCAAUUUUGAUGGUUACACGAAUAGUAUCUACAGCAUAACAAUCGGAGCUAUUGAUAGAAAUGGCAAUCAUCCAUACUACUCCGAACAGUGUUCAGCCAAUAUGGCUGUUACAUAUAGCAGUGGCAGCGGGGAUGCUAUUCACACCACCGAUAUAGGACCGAACCAAUGUUUCAAUGGCCAUGGCGGAACCUCCGCGGCUGCUCCAUUGGCUGCAGGAAUCUUUGCUUUAGUGCUGUCGGUGCGGCCUGGCCUUACAUGGCGUGACAUGCAGUAUCUUGCUCUCGAGACGGCGGUCCCCAUCAAUGAAGAAGACCCGGACUGGAAGCAAACGGCAAUUGGCAAAAUGUUCAAUCACAAGUAUGGUUAUGGGAAAGUUGAUGCAUGGGCAAUUGUUCAUGCUGCCAAAGAUCAUAAACUCGUGAAACCCCAAGCGUGGUACAACUCACCUAUUGUCAUUGUCAACGCAGCCAUUCCAGAGGGCACUCAAGGGCUCCAGACUCAGAUCAAGGUCACUGCGGAGGAGGCAAGAAAUGCGAACCUCGGCCGACUAGAGCAUGUAACCGUCACCAUGAAUGCUGCCCAUAGCCAGAGAGGCGAUAUGAGUGUAGACCUGAUCUCGCCAAAGGGCAUCGUUAGCCACAUCGCAACAACCAGAAAACCGGAUACUAGCAAAAACGGAUACAAAGACUGGACAUUUAUGAGUGUUAAACACUGGGGGGAGGAAGCAACGGGUACAUGGACAAUUAUUAUAAAAGACACAGUUGUUAACGGACAGACCGGAUCUCUUACCGAUUGGAGCCUUACACUCUGGGGUGAGGCCAUUGAUGCGGAUAAAGCUAAACCUUUACCACUCCCGGGUGGUGACGGAGAUAAAAACCUGGGUACUGAUCCCAUUCACACCACUACCGCUCAGGCCUCAACAACCGAGUUGCCAAGUAUGACUUCGACAGCAAAUCCUUCAAAGGUGACGGAAAAUCCUUCCGACCACGCUGAUCGACCUGUCAACGAGAAACCAGGCAGUGCGGCCACCUCUACCCAACUAGGAACUGGGACAACCACCGGAACCACAACUGCUACUCCCACAUCAACAGCUGCACCGGGGGGUCCGGAAGCAGAAGCCGAAGAAUCAAAUUUCCUUCCUUCCUUCUUCCCCACCUUCGGCGUGUCAGCCAAGACUCAGGUUUGGAUCUACGGGGCAUUUGUGGUGAUAAUUCUAUUCGUCGGAGUUCUUGCUACCUACCUCUCCAUCCAAAAGAAGAGAGCCAAAAAACAGGGGAUGGAUUACGAGUUUGAGGCUCUCAAUAACGAGGAUGACUUGGAGAGUGGUGCAGCAGGGGCUGGCGGAAAAGCUUCUGCGGGUGGCAGACGAAAGGCUAGGGAUCUAUAUGAUGCAUUUGGAGCUUCGGACGAUGAGGAGGACAUUUUAAGUGAGAAAGAGUACGAUGACGAUGAAGGGUCUUACGAUGACGACGAAGCUCUGGGGAUUGAUGAGGGUCCGAGAGUAGGGGAUAGAGCUAAACUCCUUGGUAGAGAUAACUAUUAAUUACACGAAGGUAUUUGUGUCGGUGUUAUUAGUGUUUGUGUUUUUUUGGAUUUUUGCACCUAUUCUGUUUCUGCGAACACUUACCAUGUAUGUCUAUGAGUUGGACUCGUUUGUUUACUACCGGGCUGUUUUCACUUUCCCUGGCUUAAAAAUCUGUUUCUCUACUAAAAUUCCCGGUUGAAGAGGAUCCCUUUAGGAAGAGAUCUUGGCGGAACAUUACGGGUGCGGCGGGUGAGCCGAAGAAUUAUACAAGAAAAUUCAGCUAGAAAACAUGAUAUCUAUGCGAAUACCGAUAGAGCAUAGAGCAUUGGACGGAA